CUCCCUCCCGCACAGAGGAAUGUCAGGUGUACCCGAGCUCGUGAAUGAGGAAGAAUGAAAACUAAAAGCUGCCAACCCACCUGUUCCGGGACAUGAGCUUUUCUUUUUUUUCUUCUUUUUUUUUACCCAACCCCUCGAAGAGGUCCGGUCGAAAUGAUCCUUCCGUUUCAUUAUUGACCUGUACUCGCGAGUGCCACCCUUAAAAAGGGGAAGAAGAAGAAGAAGAAAAAAAACAAAAACAAACUUGGUCAGCAACGUGUCUAAAAUGGAUGAGUGUUGCCUGUCUGCCGAGGAACUAGAAAGGCAUCGGAUACACGUGGAAAUAGAGAGACAACUGCAGCGUGAUAAAAAGAAGUCACAUCGGGAACUGAAGUUGCUUCUUUUAGGGACUGGUGAAAGUGGGAAGAGCACUUUCAUCAAACAGAUGAGGAUCAUCCACGGUGCUGGAUACAGCGAAGCUGACAGGAAAGGUUUCACCAAGCUGGUGUUUCAAAACAUUGUCACAGCUAUCCAGGCAUUGAUCCGUGCUAUGAAGGUCCUACGCAUUGACUACAUAGAUGACAAAAACAUUAGCCAUGCAGAAAAACUGAUCCAAGCGGAGGCAGACCAGCUGUGUACUUUCGAAAACUGGCAGGUGGAUGCCAUUAAGAAUGUGUGGAACGACCAUGGCGUUCAAAGGUGCUAUGACCGCAGAAGGGAAUUCCAUCUGUCUGACUCAGCUAAAUAUUACCUGAGUGACUUGGACAGAAUCGCAGCCCCCUUCUACAUCCCUACCCUGCAGGACAUCUUGAGGGUCAGAGUACCCACCACAGGCAUCAUAGAGUAUCUCUUUGACCUUAGGACUGUUGUAUUCAGGAUGGUGGAUGUUGGUGGUCAGCGUUCAGAGAGGAGGAAGUGGAUCCAUUGCUUUGAGAAGGUCACUUCUAUCAUAUUCCUGGCAGCACUCAGCGAGUAUGACCAAGUCCUAUAUGAAAGUGAGAAUGAUAAUCGAUUGGAAGAGAGCAAAGCCUUGUUCAGGACCAUUGUCACCUACCCCUGGUUUCAAGAGUCUUCAAUCAUCCUCUUCCUUAACAAAACAGACCUGCUAGAGGAGAAAAUUACUAAUUCCCACCUAGCAGACUACUUUCCAGCAUAUAAAGGGCCUCAGAGAGAUGCCGAGGCGGCAAAGAAGUUCAUCUUAAAGAUGUACGAGGAUCAGCAUAUUGGUCGUCAGAGACCUCUUUACAAACACUUUACCUGUGCCACCGACACUGAAAACAUUCGAUUUGUCUUCAAAGCUGUCAAAGACACGCUUUUUAGAGAGAAUCUCGAGAAAUUCAAUCUGGAAUAAAAGGGUUGGCUGGGUUCGAAUUACGGGGGGAGCUAAGGGGAGCUCGGCUCCCUUGAAAAGGCCAUGAGCCUCCCCGAAAGCCUACUCUGAGAAGUCUAGGGGGAGCUCUGAAACGUCGUCCAUUUUCGUGUCACAUGUUAUAGAUUUUUUUAAAAUUUACAGCAAGGUUCCUGAAAUUAAUACUAAUAGCUAAAUAUGCAACUGUUGUGUUUAUUCUCUCAUUACAUUCCAAUUUCCGAACCUUUGUCGCCGCUAUAAUAAACAUAAUGCUGUGUCUAUUCCUGCUGUGGCCAUCUGUGCGUGGCGGCGCACUCAAAUAAUCGCGUAUUACUGCGCCACUUGAACUUCCUCCGAGUUUGGCUCGCUGACAGGCUGUUCCGUGUUCGCUUCUGAUUUAAGGUAAGAAUCAAGGAAUUACUUGCUUGAGCUGUGCGUUUGUGAAAACUGUCCCUAAUCCUAUUUAAGCUUCGUGUACUUGGCGGCCAACAGAUUUUUGUUUUGAAAUGAGAAAACCAAGCUGUUUUCCGACCACCAAGCUGUUUUCCGACCACUAUUUAGGAAUAGGGAAACAAAACAGAAAACGAAAAAGCGACCCGUCAUCUGAUUUUCUUUUAUGUGUUUAUAAACGGAAAUUGGGAAUUAAAAUACGUGUGUGGAAAUCUUUCUCAAUUUUGAGCUGAUUUUUUUGUUUGUUUGUUGUGAAGAGGUAUAAUGUCAAGUUCUGGCUCUGCGCAUUACUAUAGUCCACUGACUUCCGGUUUCUACUGCACCGGUGAUACCAGUUUCCUGUU